CUACGACUACAUGAGCAAAUUUUCCAGCUGGAGGAAAAUGUCCAGCGUCAACGAGCUGAGAGUCUUGAGGAACCUGUUGUAAAGCUCCCGUCAGAACCCCACUGUACCAGUCUUGACCAGUCUCCCCAUGUGCAGAGCAAGGCAAAGCUGACACCAUGGCCCACAUAUCCAGUGGCAAUGGGUUUAAGCUUGACAGGCCAGCCUCUCCUGGGGUGGUCAGGCCCAAAGGGAUGGUGGGAAAGGAGGAGGCUUUACGCAUGGAGGAAGAGGCCUUAGCUAAACUUUGGCGAGAGAAAAGACACAUACCUCCAGCGUCUUGUGCUAAUCCCCUUCCCAAUGUGACAGCGCAAACAUCUUCCACUAGCCGGCAGGAGAAAGAUCUCAUUGUCUUCCCUGAAUCAGAAACGCAGAAGAAAGAAGAUAAAGACAAGUUUGGGGACAUCGAUAUAGAGAAGCUGACCAAGGAGGAGCUGGAGGAGCUGCUUCUGGAUGACAAUUUUGGCUUAAACAAAGUGACAAGGCCUUCUUCUCUGCUAGGUUGCAAUCUCAGUGCAUCAUAUCCUGGAGGACAUGCCUUCAACCCUGCAUCAUUCCACUGGACACCCAACUCUGGUCUACCUACCCCAACACAUCCACAGACUCCCAUCUUCUCGUCUGCUCCCUUUCCAAAGCCUCCAUGCUCUUUCCAGAAUGGCUUUAGUCCUGCAAUGCCUCCGUUUAUUAGUCUGUCUGCCCCACCGACUUCCUUUAUCUCCUUUACUCACAUCCAGUCACCUGCUGCUUUGGUCUACCCGCAGCCUGCUGUCACCCCAGAGAUGGCCAAGCUGUUUGACAAGAUUGCCAGCACUUCGGAAUACCUGAAGAACGGUAGGUCCUCAAGCAUGGAUGUAGACUCAGGAAUUGCCAAGUCCCUCGAGCCCAUACCCCAGCCCUCAGAACCUCCCAACAUCAGCCGUUUUGAGUGGCUGGACCUGGAUCCGCUCAACAAGCGUAAGGUGGAAGUAGAGGAGACACCAACUGUAUCAGGCAGUCCUUGCACAGAGGAUUCUGAGCCUGCCAAAGACCCAUGGGAUGUGGUUCUUCAGGAAGAGCCUGAGGGUGUGGAUAAUGGCAGUCCUCCAGCACAGGUGAAGAGCAAGGCUACUUUGGCCUCUCAGCCCAGAAGAGCAUCAACAGGGGCGGCCGUAACUAGAAGCCAUUCCCUCAAUAUACCUGCAACCUCAACGCAUCACAACCCAAGCAAACAGGUCAAUAAGGGAAGUGUGAAUAUACUUUCAGAGUACUCCGUCUUACAUGGCAAGGAAGCCCAGAACCUAGAAGUUUUAGCAUUCUGUGAAGACAUUUCAAAACUGAGGUCCAAGUUCCCUUAUGAUGACCUCUCUACCAAUCCUGGCUAUGUUCUCAGCCCUGUGAUCACUCAGAGGGAUGCAGGAGGGGACAAUGGGGGCAGUGUGAAAGUAUCCAUUGAGAUUUCUGAUUCUCAACAGCCUGUAACCUUCACUUGUGAUGUGAGUUCUCCAGUGGACCUGCUCAUAAUGCAGGCUCUUUGUUGGGUCCAUGAUGACCUGAACCAGGUAGACAUCAGCAGCUAUGUUCUCAAGCUCUGCGGACAGGAAGAGGUUCUACAAAAUAAACACAGUCUCGGCAGCCACGAAUAUGUGCAGAAUUGCAGGAAGUGGGAAGCGGAGAUCAAACUACAGCUCCUCUUUCUCAGCACAAUGAGAAGAGAUCUGGCCCGAACGGCAGAAGAUGACGUCUCCCCUAUUGACUUGGAGAAACACCUCAGUCUUGUGGAGAGGCCGUUUAAAGAGGCAGUCACAAGGGAAGGACUUGCUGAAUACCUAGAGGGCUAUCAUAAGCAAGUCAAUAUCUGCCUUCAGAAUGAGAUCACCCAGUAUAAAACAGUGGACAAUGUGGUUCAGUCUGUUAAAAAUCUGUGCUGUGCUCUGGAUGAAGUUGAGACACCAGCCAUCACUGAUGCCAUCAAGAGGCUCAAACGCUCUGUCAACCUCCCUAGAACACGUUCUCCAGAGGCUGGUGCCACGUCUUCUGCAGGUUCAGCUAAUGGUCAUGCCAGCCCAGUGGAGGAGAGUUUAGCAGCACUCACAGAUGCUGUGCAUGAGCUCGCUAAGCUGUAUCUGCGCACUUUCUGUCCGACUGCCUCUAAAUGCAUGAUGGAGGAGCACACAGAGGAUGGGAGGGACAGCAGAGAGGCAUCUGGCACCACAGAACACCUGCAGUUCACUCUCUUUGCCGUUCAUGGCAUUCCUGCUGCCUGGGUCAGCAGUUUUGAAAAAUACUACCUUAUGUGUGCACUGACACACAACAGCAGGAAUCUCUUCAAGCCUGUCCAGUCCAAAAAAGUGGGAACAUAUAAGAGUUUUUUCUUCCACAUUAAAUGGGAUGAAUUGAUAAACUUCCCUAUUUCUGUGGCCCUGUUACCACUGGAGGCCAUGUUGAGUCUUUCUCUCUAUGGAGUCCUUAACCAGAGCACUAACAACUCACCGGAUUCCAACAAGCAACGAAAGGGCCCAGAGCUGUUGGGAAAAGUGUCAAUGCCUCUGUUUGAUUUCAGGCGGGUGCUGUCCAGUGGAAGCAAGCUGCUAAGUUUGUGGAUGUCUCAUCAAGCCCAUCAGCCUGGAACUGCAGGCAGAGGGAAGAAUCCAACAGAGAGGAUCAUACUGCAGGUUGACUUCCCCAACCCAGCAGUGGACGUGCUGUAUGUUGGUCCUCAGGAGAAUGGCUGUCCAGACACUCAGUCUCUAGAGCCACUUGAUUCAAGGGAUCAAAGUGAGAUCGAAAAGCUGUGUGCACGAGCCUCUGUUUUCGGGCUGACACGAGCAGACAGGCAGCUGCUGUGGGACAAGAGGUACCAUUGCAAAGAUUAUGAAUACAGCCUACCCAAAAUCUUGGCCAGUGCACCCAGCUGGGACUGGGGCAGUAUGGGCGAGAUCCACUCACUCCUGCACCACUGGCCCCCUUUGUCACCUGUGUCAGCCCUUGAGCUCCUUGAGGCAAAUUUUGCUGACACAGAAGUGAGGAAAGUAGCUGUGAAUUGGAUCGAGAGCAGCAGUGAUGAUGAGCUGGCUGAUUAUCUCCCUCAGCUUGUUCAGGCAGUGAAGUUUGAGUGCCACCUCAACAAUGCCUUGCUUAUGUUUCUGUUGUCUCGGGCUCUGGGAAAUGUCAACAUUGCACAUUAUCUUUACUGGCUGCUGAGAAAUGCUGUGCAGGAUCCAGCAUUUGGUCAGCGUUAUGAUCGCAUCCUUGGAGUGUUGUUGUGUCUCUGUGGGGCUGGACUGAGAGCUGAACUUGAGAAGCAGACCAGGCUUGUGCAGCUGCUUGGUGCUCUGGCUGAAAAGGUGCGGCAGGCAAGCAGCUCCACUAGACAGGUUGUGCUGCUGGAGGGACUAGAGAGGGUUCAGUCUUUCUUCCAGAAAAACAAUUGUCGACUCCCCAUUAGCCCCAGCCUCGUGGCAAAAGAACUCAAUAUAAAGGCCUGCUCCUUCUUCAAUUCCAAUGCUGUACCUCUUAAGAUUGCACUGGUAAACGCAGACCCACUGGGAGAAGAAAUUAACGUCAUGUUUAAGGUUGGAGAGGACCUGAGGCAGGACAUGCUUGCAUUGCAGAUGAUUCGCAUUAUGGAUCGGAUCUGGCUGCAGGAGGGAUUGGACCUGCGUAUUGUCAACUUUAAAUGCAUCUCUACUGGUAAAGACAAAGGCAUGGUGGAGUUGGUGCCAUCUUCUGAAACACUGAGGAAGAUUCAGGUGGAGUAUGGAGUGACUGGCUCAUUCAAAGACAAACCUCUGGCAGAGUGGCUUCGCAAGUAUAACCCUGCUGAGGAUGAGUAUGAGAAGGCCUCAGAGAAUUUCAUCUACACUUGCGCAGGCUGCUGUGUGGCCACUUAUAUCCUGGGAAUUUGUGACCGCCACAAUGACAACAUAAUGCUGCGCUCCACCGGCCACAUGUUCCACAUAGACUUCGGGAAGUUCUUGGGUCAUGCACAGAUGAUUGGGAGUUUUAAAAGGGACCGUGCACCAUUUGUCUUGACCUCUGACAUGGCUUACGUCAUCAAUGGAGGAGAGAGACCCACUAGUCGCUUCCAGCUUUUUGUUGACCUUUGCUCUCAAGCCUACAACCUGAUACGCAAACACUCCAACCUCUUCCUCAACCUGCUGUCUCUGAUGACUCAAUCAGGUUUACCUGAGCUGACAGGAGUCCAGGAUCUUAAAUAUGUACAUGAUGCUCUUCAACCUCAGACUACGGAUGCAGAGGCCACCAUUUUCUUCACAAGAUUGAUUGAAUCCAGCCUGGGCAGUGUCGCCACAAAGUUUAAUUUCUUCAUCCAUAAUUUGGCCCAGAUGCGUUUCUCUGGCCUUCCCUCCAAUGAUGAGCCCAUACUCUCAUUCGCUCCCCGCACGUACACAAUAAAGCAGGACGGGCGAAUCAGAGAUGCCUCCAUAUUCUCAUUUCAAAAGAGAUACAACCCUGACAAGCACUAUACGUAUGUAGUGCGGCUCCUUAGGGAAGGUCAGAGUGAGCCCCAGUUUGUCUUCCGCACUUUUGAUGAGUUCCAGGAACUACACAACAAGUUGACCAUCCUUUUCCCUUUGUGGAAGCUACCAGGAUUCCCUAAUAAAAUGGUGCUGGGGCGCACGCACAUUAAGGAUGUGGCAUCCAAAAGGAAAGUGGAAUUGAACAGUUAUGUGCACAAUCUGAUGAGGAGUUCAACAGAGGUCAGCCAGUGUGAUCUUAUUUAUACCUUCUUCCACCCUAUUGCGAGAGAUGACAAGCAGGAGGGGAUUGAUGGACUCCCAAAAGCUCCAGAGAUGACUCCAGUGAGUCCCACCACUGGCCGAGUGGAGGGUGAGGUGAAGCUGUCAGUGUCCUACCGAAACAACACACUCUUCAUCAUGGUCAUGCACAUCAAAGACCUGUUGUCUAAUGAUGGAGCAGACCCAAACCCUUAUGUGAAAACAUAUCUUCUCCCAGACCCCCACAAAACCUCCAAACGCAAAACAAAGAUUGCGAGGAAGACUAGGAAUCCCACAUUUAAUGAAAUGCUGGUGUACAGUGGUUACAGUAAGGAAACAUUGAAGCAAAGGGAACUUCAGCUGAGCGUGCUCAGUGCAGAGUCUUUACGAGAGAACUGGUAUUUGGGUGGCAUCACCCUCAGCCUUAAGGACUUUGACCUAAGCAAAGAGACUAUCAAGUGGUACAAGCUCACCACGGUGUCCUACUUCUAGAUCGCACCAGCAACAAUCCCACCCCAGCUGUCUUCCCACAAAGGGUGAUGUGACUACAACAAGUGACCUUACAGGACCACUCAGAUUCCCUCAGCUCCUCUCUCUGACACUAAUCAAGGUUGACGCCUUGUUGAAAGAAGCAAAUCCACCUAACUUUGUGUGUGUGAAGAGAAAUCAACAUUAGGUUAUGUACAAUUGGGACAUAAGAGGACCAAAACGGCUCACUUAAAGAAGAGUUUAUAUUAUUACACAAGUAUGUAAGUUUAAAUAGAAAGAGAUAGACACUUGUAUUUUUAAAAUGGCUCAUUUUUACACUUCCUUUUCUACAUAUGCAAAUAUGAAAUAUUAAUAGCCUUUACGUUUUUGAGGUAUCUAGCCAAGCACAGCAGUGUUGUUUUGAUAAUGUGCCAAAUGAACUGAAACAACUCGAAACAGCACCCCAGUUGGGAACAAUAACAGGGUGCCUUCAUAGGCUCUUCCUUUUGUUUUUCUUAGUACUUUGAUGGUAUAACUUACUGAAAUCCCUGUUUUGUAAAUUUAAUGUAAAAUGAUCUGCACGCAAGUCACAAAUUGAAGUGGUUAUUUCACUUGUUCAAUCUGUCUUUUAAUUAAAUGUUCUUGGCACCAAGGGAAUUUUGACAAUAUUAUAAUGAACCCUGUUCAAAAGGGAAUGGUGUCUGUGGCUAAAUCUAUUGCCAGAGCUUAGCUGUAUAAUAAUCUAUUUUUGAGUUUACCUGGAGGCAUUUUAAAAAUUAUCUACAAGAAGCAAGUCAUCACUCUCUCCACAAAUAGUGACUUGAUUCGCUCUUUUAUGACUGUUAAAAAAUACAUUUGAAUUGAUAUUAACAUGGACAGUUAUUUAUUGGUUAUCUUUAACCUGACUGAAUCAAUGUUUGCUGUAAUUCUGUCUUUCUCAUAAAGGAAAAUUAAAUGUUAAUUAAACAUUUGUCUGUAUAA